UCGGCCGCGAGGUCUGUGGGGCUCCGGCUACGCGGAGGAGCCGUGCGGAGCGCGGAACUGCGCGCGCGCUGAGGCUCUGGCGCUUGGACAGCGGGACUGUCACACGGGUACCGUCGGGAGCAGUGCGGGCUCGCCACGCCGUCCAUUCCGAGAUCAGGAGCUGGGCUCCCGAAACCGCGAGGAAGAUGCCCGAAGGCGCCGGGCUGCGGAGGCGAAGCUGAGCGCCUUCCUCGGGCAAGCGGAGGCGCUACUUUGCCCUGGGCCGCCGCGGGCGACGGCGGCACUUGGCGUGCGCGGAGACCCGGGAGCCUGCCAGGGACGCGGCGGGAGGACGAGGCGCGCCGGCGGAGCCCCCCUCUCCCGGAUCCGCGGUGUUUGCAGCGAGCGCGGGCGGGUCGGCCCGGAUGGGCGCGGGGCUCGAGGCCCCCUCUGGGCGCUGCGGAGCGACCCGAACACCGGGGGCCUGCUGAACGCCAGAGCCGUCGCCGCCGUCAGAACUUGCGCGGGCGGCCAUGCCCCGGCGCGGAGCCUAGUGCGGAGCAGAGUCGCCGCCCGCGGCUGCGGUCGUCCCGCACCUAGCAGCCCCCGCGCCCGGAGUUCGCAGCGCGCUCCAGACAAGAUGGCGCGGCCGGUCCGGGGAGCGCUCGGGGCCCCGCGCCGCUCGCCUGCUGUUCUGUGGCCGUCGCUGCCGCCGCCGUUGCUGCUGCUGCUGCUGCUGCUGCUGCUGCUGCUCCGGCUGGAGCGGGCGACCGCCUCGACCGGCCCGCCUGCGCCCUGCCCGGCCGCCUGCAUGUGCGCCGGGGACUCGCUGGACUGUGGUGGCCGCGGGCUGGCGGCGCUGCCCGGAGACCUGCCCCCCUGGACGCGGAGCCUAAACCUGAGUUACAACAAGCUUUCGGAGAUUGACCCCGCUGGUUUUGAAGACUUGACGAAUCUAAAAGAAGUGUUCCUCAAUAACAAUGAAUUAACAUCCAUACCAUCCCUGGGUACUGCAGCUUCUCAUGUCGUCUCUCUCUUUCUGCAACAUAAUAAGAUUCACACCGUGGAGGGGAGUAAUCUGAAAGCUUACCUUUCCUUAGAAGUGCUGGAUCUGAGUUCCAAUAACAUCACAGAGGUCCGGAGCACCUGCUUUCCACAUGGACUACACAUCAAAGAGCUUAACCUGGCAAACAACCGGAUCAGCACCCUGGAGCUGGGAGCAUUUGAUGGUUUGUCACGGUCACUGCAAACACUUCGGCUGAGCAAGAACAGGAUCACCCAACUUCCUGUGAAAGCAUUCAAGUUACCCAGGCUGACACAACUGGACCUCAACCGGAAUCGGAUUCGGCUGAUAGAGGGGCUGACGUUCCAGGGGCUCGACAGUCUGGAGGUACUGAAGCUUCAGCGAAACAACAUCAGCAAGCUGACUGAUGGUGCCUUCUGGGGACUGUCCAAGAUGCAUGUACUGCAUCUGGAGUACAACAGCCUGAUGGAAGUGAACAGCGGCUCCCUCUAUGGCCUCACCUCUCUGCACCAGCUUCACCUCAGCAACAACUUCAUCUCUCGUAUUCACCGUGAUGGCUGGAGCUUCUGCCAGAAGCUGCACGAGCUGAUCCUGUCCUUCAAUAACCUCACCCGCCUGGAUGAGGAGAGCCUGGCUGACUUGAGCAGCUUGAGCAUCCUACGCCUCAGCCAUAAUUCCAUCAGCCACAUUGCAGAAGGCGCCUUCAAGGGACUCAAAAACCUACGGGUCUUGGAUUUGGACCACAAUGAGAUUUCGGGCACAAUAGAGGACACCAGUGGUGCGUUUAUGGGACUUGACAGCCUGAGCAAGCUAAAUCUGUUUGGAAACAAGAUCAAGUCCGUGGCUAAGAGAGCCUUCUCAGGGCUGGAAGGCCUGGAGCACCUGAACCUUGGUGAGAAUGCAAUCAGAUCCAUCCAGGUUGAUGCUUUUGUGAAAAUGAAGAAUCUUAAAGAGUUUCACAUCAGCAGUGACAGCUUCUUGUGUGACUGCCAGCUGAAGUGGCUGCCCCCAUGGCUACUGGGCAGAAUGUUGCAACCCCUGGUGACAGCCACCUGUGCCCACCCAGAAGCCCUGAAAGGCCAGAGCAUUUUUGCUGUGCUGCCUGAGAACUUUGUGUGUGAUGACUUCCCAAAGCCUCAGAUCAUUACCCAGCCAGCAACAACCAUGGCUGUGGUGGGCAAGGACAUCCGGUUCACAUGCUCAGCGGCCAGCAGCAGCAGCUCCCCCAUGACAUUUGCCUGGAAGAAGGACAAUGAGGUCCUGGCCAACGCAGACAUGGAGAAUUUUGCCCAUGUCCGUGCCCAGGAUGGAGAGGUGAUGGAGUACACCACUAUCCUGCACCUUCGCCGGGUCACGUUUGGGCAUGAGGGCCGAUACCAAUGUGUCAUCACCAACCACUUUGGCUCCACCUACUCACAGAAGGCCAAACUCACAGUGAAUGUGCUGCCAUCAUUCACUAAAAUGCCCCAUGACAUUGCCAUCCGGACGGGCACCAUGGCUCGCCUUGAGUGUGCUGCCACUGGUCACCCUAACCCCCAGAUCGCCUGGCAGAAGGACGGAGGCACAGAUUUCCCCGCUGCUCGUGAGCGACGCAUGCACGUCAUGCCAGACGACGACGUGUUCUUCAUCACGGAUGUGAAAGUAGAUGACAUGGGCGUCUACAGCUGCACUGCUCAGAACUCAGCUGGCUUUGUUUCUGCCAACGCCACCCUGACUGUCCUAGAAACUCCAUCCUUGUUGGUCCCUCUGGAAGACCGGGAGGUGUCUGUGGGAGAAACAGUGGCUUUCCAGUGCAAGGCGACUGGGAGCCCUAUACCCCGAAUCACCUGGCUCAAGGGGGAUGGCCCACUAAGCCUCACAGAGCGGCACCACUUCACCCCUGGUAACCAGCUGCUCGUCGUGCAGAACGUGGGUGUGGAGGAUGCAGGCCAGUACACCUGUGAGAUGUCUAACACCCUGGGCACUGUGCGAGCUCACAGCCAGCUGAGCAUCCUACCCAGCCCUGGAUGCAGGAAGGAUGGAACCACCGUGGGCAUCUUCACCAUUGCUGUGGUGUGCAGUAUUGUGCUGACGUCCUUGGUCUGGGUGUGCAUCAUCUACCAAACCCGGAAGAAGAGUGAAGAAUACAGUGUCACCAACACAGAUGAAACCAUUGUGCCUCCAGAUGUUCCAAGCUACCUCUCUUCUCAGGGGACCCUUUCUGACCGGCAGGAAACGGUGGUCAGGACUGAGGGCGGCCAUCAAGCCAAUGGGCACAUUGAAAGCAAUGGUGUUUGUCCAAGAGACGCAGGCCUCUUCCCUGAGAUGGACACUCACCGGGUGUCGUACAGGCAACCCCGGCUCUGUGUUGGAUUUAAUAAGGAGGCCUGGAAAAUGGAGAAACCUGAUAGGACACCAGGUCCACUGAAGAUGGAGCAUGGUGGCCCACCUGCAUGUAGUGACUGCAAUACAGAGAUGGACAGUUACUCCAAGGAACAAGUCUCGUGUCCUCAGUCCAUGUCCAGAGACAGUGCACAGCCAGGUACACUAAGUACUCUGGAGCCCAGCGGGAGUGACCGAGAACAUCCUGCAAGCAAUGAGACUCCUGAUACCCUUGAUGGAUCUCGUUCUGAAUGUAGGGGAUCCCCUUAUCCCAGUAACCAUGAUAGAAUGCUGGCGUCCUUGAAGAAGUCAAUGGCACCGCCAGAAAGGAAAGGGACCUCGUCUUGGACUUUAUCAAGGUUGUGUGAGCCAGACUCCACAGAUCUCCCUCCCUCCUCAGCAUUAACUCCAAGCAGUCCUCAGCUCACAGAGGCUUCCUCAGGCUUUCCCCACGUCCCCAGUGAAGGCCAGCACUUGCUUCUUUCCAAUGGACAUCUCUCCAGAGCAUGUGACUCCAGUCUUGAGUCCAUCAUGUCACUAACAGGACAGCUCCCUGGGAAACGGAAUGUGCCACUGCUGUUUGCACCAAAAAUCUAGGCUUUGUCUACCUCAAGCGCUUGUCAAUCUCUACAGGAAAGAGAGGUAGGAGAGGCCAUGAGAAAGCUUGGGUUCAAGCGUCACUGAUUUGUAUAUAGUUUUAACUUCCAUUUGAAGUAUCAAUAGUUUAUAAAGGACUUGCAGCUGAAGCACAAAAAAUGCAAGAGGCUAUUGUGUAAAAAAAGCAGAAAAGUAUUUGAUACCAUUGUACAUAAGAGUUUUCAGAGAUUUCAUAUAUAUAUAUAUAUAUAUACAUAUAUAUAUAUUAUCUUUUUCAGAAGCUAUUUUAGUGCAUGGUUAACAAAGAAAAAAAUUGUACAAUUUCGACAAUAUUACUUUUCUUAUCAGGUUGCUGUUUAAUUUGGGGGGGGGCUAGUUCUGGUGCCUUAAUGCAUGGAUGGAAUUCAUGGAAGCAAAAAACCACAUCUGCCCACUGGAAUGCUGGGUAAGUGGGGAGGAUGGAAGUGCUUGGGCUUGUAUUGCACUUCACAGGCCAGACUCCAGGAUGCUUCACAACCAGAUGUACUUUUCAGUGGAAAUAACAGCAGUACUGCUUUCGGGUGGGUGCUUUUGCAACAGACCUCCCGAUAGAGCCCAGAGGUAUGACUGUCACAUACCUUUGCAGUGUGUGUUUUUUUUUUUUCCUCUCAUAGGUUGAAGUUCUUUAAUAAGCAGAAUGGGGGCUGUUAAUCCAUCCCAAGCAGUUAGUCUGAACGAGGAAGCACUGCCAUUCUUCCUUCUCUGAAGCUCACAUAAUGAUAAAACACAAAUGUGGACAUGUUGAUAUCAUGCAAUUGUCAUUUGAGGCUUUUUAGUGAGCUAGAAGCUGCUGGUGUCGGUACCUGUGGAUUUUUCAAUAGUAAUGGUUUAUUGAGUUCUGCCAAUAUAAUUAAAAUUACAUUGGCCCUUGGGGGAGAAGAAAGAUCAAGUCAUUACUUUUCAGGGGUAGCUUAUCUCUGAGGAUCUGGAGCAGGCUUGUCCUUUCCUCAUGGACAGCUGGGCUUGGACUGUAUACGAUUUAGUCCUUGACCUAGGUUCUGGAUCUUACUUGCACUUUUGAGACCUGUAGUUAAACAUCUUGUGAGUGCCAAUGUGUAUUUCAGGAAGAAUUACACUAAAACAAACAAGGUCCUUAAAAUCUCAGAAAGCAAACUCCUUUAGCCGAAAGAGCUAAAGGUGGGUAGGUAUUGACAAAAUGGUUAUGUAAAAUUUGCUGUCAACUGUUAUCACUGUUCCAAAAGCACAUUUAGAAUUCUGUUCUCAACAGUUUAAUGUUACUUCCACAAAAUAUGUGAAUUUGCUGCUUCUGAGAGGCAAUGUGAAAGAGGAAGUAUUACUUUUAUGUACAGAGUUAUUUAUUUAUAGAAAUUUUGGUAUAAUGUACAUUGAAAAACAUGUAAAAAUAUUGAAGUGUCUAACAAAUGGCAUUGAAGUGUCUUUAAUAAAGGUUCAUUUAUAAAUGUUAA